GGGGGACAAGAGCCGCGGACAGAACGGGGCAGCAACGAGAAAGAACCGGCCGGCGAGCAGAGGGAUCGACGAGUACCCGGCGUACGUUUGUGUGGUGCGCGGCUCCUCUUCGAGAGACGAUAAGUCUGUCCAGUGUCGCCCGAGAAGUUGUAUACCUUCGUUCGUUCGGCCCGCCCGCUCGCCCGCUCGCCCGCUCGCUUGCACGCACGUCACGAGGAAGCGUACUUGUAUUCCGAACCCGAGUACCGGUCGAGGCCCGCUGCGUGGAAAAAGUAUAAGUCGGCAUGACGAUGGCAACGGAGACGGAGAACACCGGCCCGGAGAGCAAGGAGAUUAAGGACGUGAAGGAGAUGAAGGAGGCGUUGAAGGACGAAACGCCGCCGGACAACAAGCAGGAGGAGAAAGACGCCGCGAAGAAGGAAGAAAGUGGGAAAAAGGAAGAGACCGGGGACGCCGCGGCCACCGCGGCAUCGCCGGCGCCCACCAAGGCUAUCAGCGUGCACAAAACCAACUUCGAGAAGGACAUUGUUUAUCUGUAUCAGUUCCCCCGGACGCCGGUCCUGCCCUCCCUCUCGCCGUACUGUCUCAAGGUGGAGACGUGGUUGCGGCUCAACGGCAUCAAAUACGAGAAUGUGGACCACAAGGUGAAGUUCCGUUCUAAGAAGGGAGGGCUGCCGUUCAUCGAGCUGAACGGCGAGGAGAUCGCGGACAGCACCAUCAUCCUCCGCGAGUUGAGUCAAAAGUUCGGCAAGGAUCUCGACGCCGCGCUCACGGCCGAGCAGCGCAGCGUCUCCCACGCGAUGAUAUCGAUGAUCGAGAACCACCUAGUCUGGGUGGUGAUGUGCUGGCGCACCAAGAAUCUCGAUCAGGUGUUGAAGGGCUUCAAGGUGAACCUUCAACACGUUCUCGGCACUCGUAUCCCCAACGGCAUCCUGAAUUUCUUCUUCAAGCUGACGAUCGGCCGCAAGUGGGAUUUGUUUCAGAGCGCGAAAAAGGUGAAGGCUCAGGGUAUGGGCGUUUAUACCCCCGAAGAAGUGUCCCAAUUCGGCUGCGACGAUCUCAAGGUCCUCUCCGACAUGCUGGCUGACAAACCGUUCUUCUUUGGGGAUGAACCGACUACGUUGGACGUAGUAGCGUUCGCGCACCUCGCCCAGAUCCUCUACAUUGACAAGGACACGCCGUACAGUCUGCGGGACUAUAUGCAAGACAACUGCCCGAACCUGGUCGGACACUGUUCGCGUAUGAAGGAACGAUGCUUCCCGGAUUGGGACGAGAUGUGCUCCACCCUGGACAUGAACACGCACCUCCCCAAGCCUGAGAAGCAGGAGGAGAAGGAGGGCAAGGAGGAGGAGAAGGAGUCGAAAGAGUCGAAGGAGGAGAAGGAGGGCGACAAGGAGAAAGCGGACAAAGAGGAGAAGGAGAUGGAGAAGGACAAGGAGGUUGACGAGAACAAAGAAAAAGAGAAGGAAGGGAAAUAAGCUGUCGCAGUAGAAACCGGCGAGAAGCAACAAUAUAUGUCGUUCGAAUGAGGAAAGAUUCAACCGUGAAAAAAUAAUAGAGAGUGUGAUCUGAAUACGUGAAAAGGGGGGAGAAGGGAGUAACGCGGAGAGGGUGGGCAAGUAUGUAUGUAUGUCUGCUGCGUGUGCAUGUACGUC